AUGCAUGAUGCAGCCCGGCAUCUGGGCGGAACAGCGAUCAGCUCUAGCUACUUGUUGCAAGCCACCGACAAGGACGUACCCGGUGGCGGUGGUGGUGGAUCGUUGCUAAACUUGGGACGAGGAAUCACGACGCCGACUACUUCGGUCAUCUGUAGCCCGUCUUGCCCGUCCCAGCUCGUCAGAAUGCUCCCGCCACAUCUCGGAUUCCUCAUCCACGUGGUCAUCGAAGUCCCAGCAUGCCUCUCGUUCGCCCUGUUCCCCUCUCGCCAGCUGGGAAUGCACACGCCUCAUGCACACGCUGUUAUCCGGCAAUAUGCCGCGCUGAUACUGGCCUCUGUCCUGGUGGCCCUGGUAUUCGUCGACCGGCCACCAGAUGAUACUUCUGGCAAGGUCGCUGCAGCACUGGCAGUCUAUCAUGUCGCCCCUUCCAUCCGGUCCGCAACCAGAUUGACCCGACAGGCACGGUUUCGAAAAGCAAUCAUCGUUUCUGAGGCAUUUCUCUACCUGGUUGUACAUGUCAUAUGCUUUGUUGCGCUACUCUGUGACGCCUGGAGCGCCCUGUACAUGGAAAGUCACCCUUAG